AUGAACGACCUUGUACCCGAUUCUGAUGGCUACUACGAUAUUGCGACCAUUGGGGUGAAGGCGAACGGCGAGUACGAACGCUCUCCCGUGCUUUUGCGUCAAAUCACAUUGAUCGAGGCCGACAAGAAGGCGGACUACUUCCUGUUUGACUCGCGCGGACGAGCCGUCCCGUUUUACACGCCGUACAAGUAG